AACCGACAGAUUGUCACUCUGUGACGUUUUGUCUCUACGCAUUUCACAUAAUUUCAGUAUAUUUUAUUCAAAAUUUUUAUAAUGUUUUACAAAAAGUUUUUGGCGGAAAUUUUUGCAAAAUUUUUUACCGGUUUUUAUUGAAAACAUGCCACCGAGUAAGCUCGACAGCAUUUACCGUCGUAUGCUGAUUACGCGGUUUUUUGAAAAAGGAUGGGGGACACCAGAAAAUUUACAAAGGUUAUUCGAGUUUCGUAAAAUCAUUUCACGGCGAGAGACAUGUUAUAAAUUAAUACCACAAGAUUAUCCGGUAGAAAUUACUAAAAAUAAUAAAUAUUCUGAUUGCUCCAUAUUGGAGGGGAAAUUUAUAUCGCCUUUUGAACUACAUUUACCUGGUGUAGUCCCAAAAGCCGCACAAGAAGCUCAUUUUCAAGUAAUAUUACCCAAAAAAUGGAGAGAAGAAAAUUUUAAGCCAAUGUGUAUACACUUAGCUGGCACUGGAGACCACUUUUAUUGGCGUAGAAGAAAUUUUAUUGCCAAACCCCUACUCAAGGAUGCCAAUAUUGGAGCCAUAAUAUUAGAAAAUCCGUUUUAUGGACUAAGGAAACCAGAUCAUCAAGUGCGCUCAAAUUUACAAAAUGUUUCCGACAUAUUUGUGAUGGGUGGUUGCUUAAUACUAGAAUGUUUGGUGCUGCUACAUUGGUGCGAAAGAAACGGACUUGGGCCACUAGGCAUUACCGGUUUAUCAAUGGGAGGACAUAUGGCAUCUUUAGCUGCGACGAACUGGCCUAAACCACUUGUGCUUGUGCCAUGUCUUUCGUGGUCCACUGCUGCGCCUGUAUUUACGACGGGUGUCAUGAGUCAAUCCAUCAACUGGGAUAUGCUUGAAACACAAUACCAUUCGGAUGGUAAAUACAGCGAACGUUUAUCAAAGAUGGUUACAGUGGUAGAUGAUGCCUUUGCAGCCGGACAAAAAUUUAUAAAAAAUUUCAAUCAAUCACUACAAGCACUGAAAACUGACAUUAGUGAUACCAGACAUGUUCAAAAGCAAUCAUCUGAUGCAAUUAGCAAUAAUUACAUAGAAGUUGAAAGCAAUCAAAAUCAGUUAGAAAACAACAAUUCGAUUUUUCUCAAAGAAAACAAGGCUAAAAAUGUGAUUAGCACUGCUAGUAGUUUGCAAGUAGUGAACAAGGAAAAGUCGAGCGCAGUGCUGAAAAAGGAAGAUGAUGAAUCGGCAUUGACAAAACUGAUGAAGUACAUACUACCUAUGGCAGCACAAAGUGACAAUAAGAAAAUAGAUAUAACAAAAACGAAUUGGUGGGAACGCGAAGCUUUACAAUUUAUGCGUGGCAUGAUGGACGAAUGUACGCAUUUGAAAAAUUUCUCGGUGCCAUUCGACACAUCUCUGAUAAUAGCAGUUUGCGCUAAAGAUGAUGCCUAUGUGCCACGUGAAGGUUGCGCGAGUCUUGAAGAAAUAUGGCCGGGUGUGGAAGUACGUUAUCUCGAUGCAGGUCACGUGAGUGCAUACGUUUUGCAUCAAAAACUAUUCAGAAAGUGCAUAAUAGAAGCGUUUGAGCGUUCAAAACAAAUUAACAUUAUGGACAAAGGAAACAUUGGUGAAGAUCUGAAACCAACAUUAACUUAUAAGGAACUUGUUAAUAAAUAUACAAAUUCUAUAUAAUUAUUUAAUGAUAUAUACACAUAUUUUUUAACCAAUUUACACAACCGCAAAUAUACUGUUAACUAAUUUUUAUGACUUUGUAUUUGGCAUUGCGUAUGACUGAAAUUUUGCUGUUUAAGCGCUAUAAACGAAAUAUGUAAAAAGUUGUGAAUAAUUUUAAAUUUUGUUUAAAAUAAAAUAUGUUCUUUCACAUUUAUAAAAAUCGUGUUUUAUGCAUAUUUAUAAGAGGUGUUUAGGUAGUGAGGGCAAAUAUUUGCCACCUAAAUUCAUGCGCUCCUCAAAUACAUACAUUUAUAUUUGUAUAUUAAUAUAAUUUAAGUACGCAAUUUCUAAUAAUCAUGAUUAAUUUGCGCUAAAUUACUUAAUUUUGAGAUUUUAAAUAGUUAUAGUGUGACAUGGUUGAUGGCUAAACAUAAAUUUGAAGAUUCUCCGUUCACCUUUUUCAAAUGUUUUAUGAUUUAAAGAAAGCACAGUGAACAUAGCCACUCGAUAGCAUAAAAGACGAUAUAUGCAUAUAUCGAUAUAUUUGGAUCAUGUUGUCGGCGGCUUGUGUAACCAGCGGAAUAUGCCAUUUUGUCAAUCGAAUAAGAUCUGGAAAGAACACCAUUGCGAUACAGCAGAAAAGAAUUGGGAGUGAUUUUUUACCAUCCAUCACUCAAAAUUAACAACAGAGUAGUUGAAAGAGUCCCUAACGUCAACAAAAACACCAAUACUUUAAAAAGCUAACAAAAUUUCGUAAAUUCCGUAUACUGAAUUGAAAGGACAGAAAAAUAAGUACAUACGAAAUUUUUGUAAGCUAGAAAAUGG